UUAAAACCCUAAACUUAGCCGCCCCAUUUCAUCUCUCCCACUAUCUGAUCCCUCAAAGCCUACAAAAAAAAAAGAGCAAAAAAUGGCAGAAAGAGGCGGCGGAGAGCGUGGCGCUUUUAGGCGCGGCUUCGGUGGAGGAAGGGGUGACCGUGGUCCAAGAGGCAGGCGCCGUGGCCGCAAGGACGAAGAGGAGAAAUGGGUACCCGUCACGAAACUCGGCCGUUUAGUCAAAUCCGGGAAAAUCACGUCCCUCGAACAAAUUUACCUUCACUCUCUCCCUAUCAAAGAGUACCAAAUCAUCGACCAGCUCGUCGGCCCUUCCUUGAAAGACGAAGUCAUGAAGAUCACUCCCGUCCAGAAACAAACACGUGCAGGCCAGCGCACGCGUUUCAAGGCCUUCGUCGUCGUCGGAGACGGAAACGGACACGUCGGAUUGGGUGUCAAGUGCAGCAAAGAAGUUGCGACGGCUAUAAGAGGGGCGAUAAUAUUGGCGAAGUUGUCGGUUAUCCCGGUGAGGAGAGGUUACUGGGGGAAUAAGAUCGGGAAACCCCAUACGGUGCCGUGUAAGGUUACCGGGAAAUGUGGAUCCGUUACUGUUAGGAUGGUGCCUGCUCCGAGAGGUGCGGGGAUUGUGGCUGCUAGGGUCCCCAAGAAAGUUCUUCAGUUUGCAGGGAUCGAAGAUGUUUUCACUUCUUCCAGGGGAUCCACUAAGACUCUUGGUAACUUUGUCAAGGCCACCUUUGAGUGUCUUCUGAAAACUUAUGGUUUCUUGACUCCCGAUUUCUGGAAAGAGACUCGUUUCACAAGGUCUCCUUUCCAAGAGUAUACCGAUCUGUUGGGAAAGCCGGCAAAGACCCUUGUACUUGAAGAUGCAGAGAGGUUGGACGUAUAGUUCCCGAUAUACGAGUCAUUAGUAAGUUGCGCCUUCCAAAGCCUGCCUGGCUGCAUAGGGUAGCAAUAUGAAGUUCUGUUUUGUUUCUUAAAAGAAUCUUAACUUACAUGUUAUGUCUUGUUUGGUUGGUUUUUCAUGAAAUUUUCAGUUAUUGUUUAAGGCAUGGAACAUUUUUGUUUUCCUUUAUAUGGAUUCUUUAUAAAAUAGUUGUUUUGCA